AUGAGAACGCAACGCUCACUCCCCGAGCCCUUCCGCUUCCUCGACCUGCCUGCAGAACUUCGCAACUCCGUCUAUGAGUUCUUGACUGCCGAAUACGAGGGCCGCGUCCGGCGCUUCAAUCCGAACUCGUCCUCCCUUGACGCAGGCUCUCCUCCCGCUUCGAUCCUCUCACUCGCGCAUGUGUGUCAAAAGCUGCGCAAAGAGUUCCUCCCGCACCUCUUCGCCAGUCUCGAAGUCGGUCUAGACUGGCUGCACGUCGAACACUUCUGCCACACGGUGUGCUGUACCUUCAGCAACGGCGAGUUUCUGUCCAUCCGCGCGCCAAAGUCAAUCACCGUACACAUCGACGAGACCAUCUGCAACGAGCCUCCGAUCUCGAAGCCAAGAUCCACGGAUACUUCCUGGGCCGAGCAAGAGGUCGAAGCCUUUAUGGCCUACGUAUCGGAGGGCAUUAUCCCCGUGCCCCGAGUGCCCCGAGUGCUACAUCCGUCGCUCAACCUCCUCCCGCUACUGAAACUACGACUCCUGCGUCAAGACUACGCUUGCCUGUUUGCACUAGAUCCGAAGGUCGACUGGGACGCUGUAAAAGAGCAGCAUAACAGCGGGGACACUCUGACAGACGAGCGCGUCGCUACAGCCGUUGAGGACCUAGCGCAAUUCAUGGUCUUCAGUAGUGAGCUUUGGAAGCAGCACAUGGAGGGGAAGCUCGAUCAGGUUUUACUUCACCCUUGGGCAGACUGGACAGAUCUGCAAAUCGAGCUGGUGUUCAAGGAGCAGCCUAACGAAUCCAUAACUCUGGACAGCAAGACACGACGAUGCUACCUGCCCGAUCUGCGGAGGGCGGGCUUGCGAGAGUUCUACGCGACAACAGGCCUGACGUUCAACAUGAGCAUGCCGUCUUCCUCCCCAAAGCCCGAUUGGGAAGAAGAUCAUCGAUUACGUUUGGGCCCGUAG